CCCUGCCUAUAUAGAAAACAUGCAUAUCUAACAUACAGUGGUCAAAACAGCAAGUGGUUACAAAGGUCUCUUCCAAGUAAAUGUUUGCCAGCUCUGGCUGAGAAGUCCUCACGAACCCUCCCACUAGCUCAGUCUGGAAACUACUUUCACAAUUGUUGAUUCACUACUAUGGAGCAAGUACUUUCAUUUUCAUAUUCCUCGUAUCCAGUAAGACUGUUGCUGUACAUUUGAUCAACCACACUCAGAAAAAAAAUCUCACAGCCUUGGAGAAGGAAAUAAGAGACCAGGGAGGAAGCCAGUCUAUCCACCAUAAACAGCAAGAGCAGACAAGGAACCCCAAUGGACACGGCUCUAAAGGUUCACAUGCCAGAGCCCGUGUGUCUCAUUGAGAAUGAGAAAGGACAGCUGAGGCCUAAUCAGAAGGCCCUGGAGAUCCUGUCAGCCAUCACACAGCCAGUGGUGGUGGUGGCCAUUGUGGGCCUCUACCGCACAGGCAAAUCCUACCUGAUGAACAAGCUGGCUGGGAAGAACACAGGCUUCUCUCUGGGCUCCACAGUGCAGGCUCAUACAAAAGGAAUCUGGAUGUGGUGUGUGCCUCAUCCCCACAAGAAAGACCACACGCUCGUUCUGCUUGACACUGAGGGCCUGGGCGAUGUUGAGAAAGGAGACAACCAGAAUGACUGCUGGAUCUUUGCCCUGGCUGUACUUCUGAGCAGCACCUUCGUGUACAACAGCAUGGGAGCCAUCAACCAGCAGGCCAUGGACCAGCUGCACUAUGUGACAGAGCUGACAGAUCGCAUCAGAGCAAGGGCCUCACCUGACCAGGAGGAUGAAGGGGAGGACUCAGCUGAGUUUGUGAGCUUCUUUCCUGACUUCGUGUGGAGCCUGAGAGACAUGACCUUGAAGAUGGAAAUAGAUGGAGUCCAUGUCACAGCAGAUGACUACCUGGAGAAUUCGCUGAAGCUCAAAGAAGGUAUCUGCAAAGAAGUUGAAAAAUACAACUUGCCCCGACUCUGUAUUCGGAAGUUCUUUCCAAAGAAGAAGUGUUUUAUCUUCUACCCACCUACUGAGUGGAAAAAGCUCUCCCAGCUGGAGACACUGCAAGAAAAUGAGAUCGAGUCCGAUUUUCUGAAGCAAGUAGAAGAAUUCUGUUUGUACAUCUUUAACCAUUGCAAAGCCAAAACUCUUCCAGGAGGCAUCCCUGUCAAUGGCCCACGAUUAGAAAGUCUAGUGCUGACCUAUGUUGAAGCCAUCUGCAGUGGAGACCUGCCCUGCAUGGAGAAUGCAGUCCUAGCCUUGGCAACAAUAGAGAAUGCAGCUGCAGUGCAAAAGGCCACUGCCCACUAUGACCAGCAGAUGAGCCAGAGGGUGCAGCUGCCCACAGAGACCCUCCAGGAGCUACUGGAUCAGCAUAGGACCUGUGAGAAAGAGGCCAUAGAAAUCUUCCUCAGGACUGCCUUUAAAGAUGAAGACCACUCAUUCCAAAAGGAAUUGGGGUCUCAGCUAGAAGAAAGAUGGGAUGCUUUUUGUAAACGCAAUCUGGAAGCAUCAUCAAACCAUUGCUGGGCAUUGCUUCAGGAUAUUUUCAGACCUCUUGAAGAAGGUGUGAGGCAAGGCAUUUAUUCUAAGCCAGGAGGUUACUUCCUCUUUGUUCAGGAUACACAAAGACUAAAGAAAAAGUACUAUGGAGAACCAAAGAAAGGCAUACAGGCUGAAGAGGUUCUACAGACAUACAUACAAUCCAAGGAGGCUGUUUCUAAUGCAAUUUUACAGACAGAUCAGAGUCUGACCAAAAAAGAAAAGGAGAUUGAAGUGGAGCGUAAGAAAACUGAAUCUGCAAUGGCUGCUGCAAAACUAAUGGAGGAAACACAGAAGAAAAAUGAGGAGCUGAUGGAACAGAAAGAAAGGAGUUAUCAGGAGCACAUGAGACAGCUGACUCAGAAAAUGGAGAAUGACAGAAUCCAGCUAAAGGCAGAGCAAGAGCGGACAUUAGCUCUUAAACUUCAGGAGCAGAAACAGCUACUCCAAGAGGGCUUCCGAGAAGAGAGCAGAAAACUUCAAGAAGAGAUAAAGAACGUGGAGAAGAGAUACAAAGAAAAAAUGGAUCAUAUGCAAGCUGAAUCUUCAAAGACUACGGCAAAAAUAAUGGAAGAAAUGCAAAGGAAAUAUGAUCAAAUGAUGGAAAAUAAAGACAAGAAUCACCAGGAACAUGUGCGACAGUUGAUAGAAAAGAUGGAGAGAGACAGAGCUCAGCAAAUAGCAGAGCAAGAGAAGAUGAUGACUCGUAUGCUUCAGGAGCAAGAACAACAUCUCAAGGAAGAAAUCUCUGAAAAAAGAAGAAAACAUCAGAAGGAGAUUCAGGAGAUGGAGGCAAAAAACAGAGAAAUGCUCCUAAAAUUGGAAUCUGCACAAGCUCAGUCCCCAGAGGCAAGGCAAAUGUUCCAGGAAAUGGAAGAGAUGAAUCUGGAGAUUAUGGGGCAGAAAGAAAAAGCUUUUGAGGAUUAUGUGAAACAAUUGACUGAGAAGAUGGAUGCGGAUACAGCGAGGCUAAUGGCAAAGCAAGAGGAGAUCUUGACUAAGAAGCUUCAGGAACAAGAAGAAAUUUUUAAUAAAAAACUCAGGAAGCAGAACAAAAAUUAUGAGGACGAAAUAAGGAAUAUCAUGAUGAAAAAGAAGAAUUCUCCUUGUUCCGUGAUGUGAAAAGCCUAAGCACACUGGCUUCCUCCCCUGCUCUCUCCUUCAGGGCAGAAUCUUACUGAUAUGCUUCAGACCAUCUCACAUCAGAACUAAAUGUAAUCCACAAUAAUAAAGAUGGCAAAGCCUAAGAGCC